UUUUCUCGCAGUUGAUCUUCUGCAGAUGUUAGAGAUGAAUGUGACGAUCGCCUUCCCAGCAGCCCCUCUGCUCACCGUCAUUCUCGCUCUAGUCGGCAUGGAAGCGAUCAUGUCUGAGUUCUUCAACGACACGACGACAGCGUUCUACAUCAUUCUCAUCGUGUGGGUCGCCGACCAGUACGACGCCAUCUGCUGCCACACACCCAUCAGCAAGCGCCACUGGCUAAAGUUUUUCUACCUGUACCACUUCGCCUUCUACGCCUACCACUACCGCUUCAACGGCCAAUACAGCGGACUGGCUCUGAUGGUCUCCUGGCUCUUCAUACAG